AUGGAUUUGAUUCCACCGUCGUACAAAUCCGCAACAGACCGCGAUGCAUGGGCCAUCAUCGCCCACUACAUACCCUCCAGCGACCUCUGCGCGGCGUCCCUAGUCUGCCACCGAUGGCACGAUCUGUUCAUGCCGUUUCUAUGGGGUGAUCCGGCAUCGCAUUUUGGAACAGAAAAUGAUGCGGUCUACGUGGCCCUCACGCGGUUCCGAAGAACCCUGAAGUAUGCCCGGCCCGAGGUGCGGGCUUUGACCCAUACGCUUCAUCUGCCACCCGCUCUCUCGGAGAUCUAUGGCGGCCCGCGACCCGGGUGGUUGCGAGACAUCCUGGAAUAUCUGCCAUGUCUGCAGUCUUUGAUGGUCUCCAAGCUGCCUUUCUUCGAUCACAAUGCCAUGAAGGCGCUGAAGAGCCAACCGAGGUCGGCCCAGUAUAGCGUCCGUUUACUGUUGGCGGACCGCGAGCCUAAUACCACGUCUUCGAGCCUGGCAGAGACCCUGCUCCGGUUUCCGCUGCUGGCAUAUUUGGAUCUCUCGUAUACCACGUCAGCGCGAGACCGGGGAGUGCUGUCCACUUUCUCGGAGCUGGAGCAUCUGCAGGUGCUCAAGCUCUGCGGUCUCGGAUUGAAAGACAGCGAUGCCGAGUUCCUGGCUAAUGCCAUCGGAGUUCGGGUCCGCUGUCUGGACCUGCGGAAGAAUCUGCUCACUGACAUGGCAGUCCGCUCUCUGCUGCAGGCGUCGUUUAUGUCGCCGGGCAACGCGGGAUUACCGCAACCCGUACGAAAUCGUGGGAGUUCCCCAGACGGGCUCAGGCAGUCGGCCAUCCGAGAUCCUGACUCGGACUUCUUUAAACGGCCCGACCUAGAUGAUCACUUGAUGAAACAACUGGCCCAGCCAGCCACAACCCACACCUGGGUGGAAGAUUUGCCACCAAUGGGUAUCACUCAUCUCUAUAUUGCAGAUAACCCCAUCUCGGUCGAAGGUGUGGCGAGCCUCUUGGCUUCGUCUCGGUUACAUGUGCUUGAUGUGGGAACAGUCAAUACUGCCGAUGCUCUACACAAAGCACCAGCAUUGAAGACUGAAAGAUACCCCGGCGCUGAAAAGCUGGUCCCGAUAUUAGGCAAGAUUGCUGGUGACCAUCUGACAUAUUUUCGAGUGCAUCACGCAGUUCUCACUGCUGAACCACCGAAUAAGGACGCUGCAUCCACGACCGAUUUUCUCCCAGAACUCCAAUCUAGCGAGGUAACUCGCGAAGCGGAAUUGGACGCCUCUCAGGAGAUUCCCGAGUUGCCUGGACGGGUCCAGCCUGUCUAUGAGCUGCCAGAUACGUCAAUAACACAGGAUUCUGGCUCUACAAACACGAGAACGCAAGUACCGCGUCUUACGAUGCCCCUCGAAGACGAGCAGCUGCCUGCUGUAAGACGUGGAUCAGCUUUUGCUCCCGAGGUUGUCCAGCCUAUCCCCCAACGUGGUGAUAGUGGUGGAGGUAGAGCCCCAGAUGCUACAGGAGCAACUGUCUCAAAAGCAUUGCAAUCCGAGGAAGGGAACGCUUUGCCAUGCGAUACCUCCCAUGCUAAUUCCUCCCUGGAGCCGAUUCCGAUAUGCGGCUCACCAAUAUCAACGGAUGAUCCUCGCGCACAAAGAAUCCAGGAACUCCUCGCAAAACGGCCUCGAAGCCAGUCCAUUCCUCUCUUGGGCGGAAAAGAAAGCCGCUUCCCCUACUUGCAUCCAUCGCAUGUUCCACAUCUAGAGACCCUCAUUUUGACCGACGUCCCUUCCCAUGUCGCACCCAACUCCCUAGUCCUGUCUACCCUUCUCCGAUUCAUCACUGCUUGCUCCAACGAAGCCCUGCUAGCAACCCUCCAAGCCGGAUCAGACUACUCCCUUCCACCCGGGCAAGCACGGAUACGCGCCGAGCAGCAGCGAUCUCGAUCUCUCUUUGGGCUGCGGCGAUUAGUUAUUGAAAUCACGCCCGUAGAUCAAUCAUCGCGCUUGACACCAUGGAAAGCGGCCAACGAGAACUCGAGCACGGGCGACCCGGACUCAGAGAACCUGUGGGCCGCCGCCACGCACGACUUCAGCUUCUUCGGCGAAGACGAGUGCGGUGUCCCCGAGAAUGACACCAGCAAAUACUUCCCCAUGGCCGUGCUGAACGAAAAGGUCUCGCUCAUGCCCUCGGACGAUGACUCCAAUCACUCCGGCGCCGACACUCCUCUCCAGGGCUGCCAUCGCUCCCGCCAGAGCGUCACCUCUGCCGCUUCGGGCACGCCUAGCCCGCCGCAGACUGUUGGAGAAAGUCAACCGUCGGCCCAAGUGCCGGAUGUUGAUCUCGUUGCCGAACUGGCUGCUUUCCGCCGCGCUAAGAAGGCGGAGUAUGAGCGGGUGGUGCGGCGGGAGAGAGGGCGGCGGAGCACGAAUGGCACGGGAGUCUCGAGCCUCGCUCCGUCAAUGCCGCAGAUCUUCCUGGCACAUUUUGUCGAGGGGCAUUGGAAGGGCGAGGUGAAGAUUGUGCGGAAUCCGACGCCGAAAGUGCGAAGCGGUACCGUCGACAUGUAUGGCAAUUAUUUUGAGAAGGGAUAUCUAUACCCAUGA